AUGGAAGUUUAUACCGAAGUUGAACAGAAAUUCGGGGGGAGGUGGAAAAUCUACAAAAGUGAAAACUUUGAAGCAUUUCUACAAGAGGUUGGGGUUAAUGCUUUACUGAGAAAAGUAGCAACAAAAGUUUCCCCUGAAACAGAACUCACCAUGGCAGGAGGGAAAAUUAAAAUAGCAAUGAAAACAGGUUUGUUUACUAGUGUGGACGAAUUCUCAUUGGGUGAAGAAUAUAUGAAGGAAAUUCAAGGCACGUGGAUGAAGGCUAAAGGAGAAUAUGAAGAAGGAAAACUUAUUAUCGUACAAACUCCAAUAGAUCCCAAAAAUAAGAUGAAACCUCAAACAGUACACCGUGAAAUUGUUGAUGAAGAACUAGUUAUGACGCUGUUUGUUGGUGAUGUUGUUUGUAAAAGAUACUUUAAGAAAAUUACAUAAAACCAGUGUGUCUUUGACAACAAUAGAUACUUUGUCUUGUGUACAUAAUAAUGUUUUUCGCCAAUGGCAGUCAUCAGGGUUAAAGAAGAUCAGUUGUUCGACCUGUUAGUCAAACGCGUUUUGUUUAAAUGUAUUUUUUCCCUUUU